AAAUAAAAGAAAACAAAAGAGACCUUGACAGUAACAGACAGUUCAAAAAUGUCUCUAUUGAGAGCAGUUUCUAGUAUUUAUAGAAUACAGAGAAACAUGGGCUAUAUGAAUAACAGAUCCGCAUACUGGCUCGAAAGAAUUGGGAAUCGAGAAAUGGUCGGUUACGGAAUGAAUGGACAACCCAUAUAUGUAGAUACAGCGGCUUUUCCGUUCCCAGCAAUCCGUUACCAGGAAUCCACUCCCGAAAUCAAGGCCCUUUAUGAAAAGCAAAAAGGAGACUGGAAGCGCCUAACUAAGGAAGAGAAGAAAACUUUAUAUCGAGCCAAUUUCUGCCUAACGUUCGCAGAAUUUCAAGCUCCGUCUAGCGGAGAAUGGAUGGGCGUAGCGGGACUUGUUCUGAUUGGAUGCUCGCUUGGGGUUUGGUUGUUUAUCUUUUUGAAAUUAUGUGUGUAUUCGGACUUACCGGAGACUUUCAAACCAUCAUAUGUGAGAGCGCAGAUGAGAAGGAUGAUAGAUAUGCAAGCAGAUCCGAUACUAGGUUUGACAUCUAAUUGGGAUUACGAAAGAAAUGAUUGGAAAGUGAAAAGAUGGAAUACGCCACCUAAUCCGUUCGUUAGAUGUCCCGAUGAUAUAAAAUAAGUGAAAUUUAUUAUUCAUCAGUGCCAGUCUUUGUUGAAUCGAAUGAAAUUUUGAUUGAAAACGAAAAUAUGUAGCGAUUUUUUUGAAUCCACUAUAAAUGUCAUUGUCAAGGAUAUUUUGCUGAGAACAUUAAUAAACACUAUAAUAAUUUUUGUC